AUGUCCAACUUGAUCACUGUCUUCGGAGCCACCGGCAACCAAGGAGGCUCCGUCAUCGAUGCUAUCCUCAGCGAUCCUCAGCUCUCUAGAGAGUUUAAGAUUCGUGGUAUCACUCGUGACACUACCAAAAAGACCUCUCAGGACCUUGCCAAGCGCGGUGUUGAUGUUGUCUCGGCCGAUCUCGACUCUGUGGACUCCCUGACCGCUGCUCUCAAGGGCUCGCACACCGUCUUCCUCGUUACCAACUACUGGGAAACCAUGAACGCGGACGUUGAAUACACCCAGGGCAAGAACGUGACCGACGUUUGCAAGGCUGUUGGCGUUUCUCACCUUAUUUUCUCCUCCCUCCACCACGUGAAAGAGGAAAGCAAGGGUCGACUCACAAACGUGCCCCACUUUGACAGCAAGGCCAACGUCGAGAAGUACAUUCGUGCUUCUGGGAUUGGCGCUAGCUUCGUCCUUCCGGGAUAUUACAUGUCCAACUUCACUCAGAUGCUGAACCGUGCUGAGGAUGGCUCUUACCAGCUUUUCUACCCCAUUAGCAACGACGCAAAGUUCCCGCUCUUUGAUGCCGCCCAAGACACUGGGUCAAUUGAAAAACCACCAGAUCUUGGCCGCUGCCAAGUACUAUACCCCCAGGAAAUUGUCGACAUUUUCUCUCGGGUGUCUGGCCACAAGGCUACUUUCAUUCAACUUGACGCAGAGCAGUACAAGGCCGCCCUGCCACCUGCUAUUGCUCAGGAAUACCUUGAGAACCAACUCUUUGUGGCUGACCCUGGAUACUAUCUUGGAGAGUCUCUCGAGCCCAGCUUGAAGCUUCUUGACGCUCAGCCCGCCACUUGGGACGAAUUUGUCAGGAAGAAUGUUUCCGCCUGGAAAUGA